UGACGCAGCCGAGGCUUUGUUGCGUGCGGUAUAUAUAUAUAUGUAUAUAUUUGCAUGAGUGUGUGUCUGCACGGCGCGUGUGUGUGUGUCGCGCGAAAAAGACACUGGCAGGCAGAAACCAUUCAAGCACAGUGCAGACUGCACGAGACAUCACAACACUGGAUUAUUGGCAGCAAAUACAGGGCUCUCCACAAGAGGGCAGCGUGUCACCCAACGCAACUCCCAUCCCAUCAGGUCCCAGAGCUGUGAGUUCCGUCAAGAUCACACCUCUCUCAACCAUGAAAGGAUCCCCUGACCUGAUUCCUGCUGCAGGACUGGACCCCAGCAGGGUGUGCAAAGGGAAAGGCGUGGUGACAAUGAGGGCCACCCUGGUCCACUUAGAUGACGACGGUAGCGGAGAUGCGAGGUCCAGCAUCGUCGCAACACAGAAUGUCUGCUCAAGCCAGAUGAAUGGAGGCUCGGCUGAGGGAGGCGGGAACGUCACAACUGAUUUCUCGCUUUCCCACAACAGUCACCGCCAGGCCAGUUCAUCAGAAAGCAUCAAAGAAAAUCAAGCUCCAGCCACAUAUGACACCCACAAUUGUUUCCCAUCGGCCCCCAGCGCCAUCUAUCCAUGCACUAGCACAGUUAAUCCCACGAUAGUUUUGCUGCAACACAACAGAGAACAGAAAAAGCGUCAAUCUCAUUUAGAAGAGCCCACCCCAGAAAGAGACAAAAGCCCUGAUCCUGGGAGAGGCUCGCUCAAUUCAGUUGCAGACAUGGACGGCAAAAGGCUGCGACUGUCGCAACACUCCCCCGUCCUCAGUCCGCUCAACCGGCCCAUUGUGCCAGCUCGGAACACGGAAAAGUCCAAAGACUGGUACAAGACGAUGUUCAAGCAGAUUCACAGAAUACCCGAGGCUAUUGAGGAAAACCCUUACCGCCCCACCUACAUGUUUCCUGAAAACUAUGCCAUGAAAUCAAAAGAAAAUGGUCCAAACCCAUUUGGCUACUUGGAAGAUGUGAAGGGUGUGCCACGAUCUCAAAGUGAUGCAGAUGUUGGUUCAAGAGCCAGGUCAAUGCCAGUCCCGACGCGGUCCUCAUCACUCAAGCCAUCUGCCAAGAGAAAUGAGUGGGAGCCCCCGGAUAAAAAGGUAGACACCAGGAAGUACCGCGCCGAGCCCAAGAGCAUCUUUGAGUAUGAGCCGGGGAAAUCGUCGGUGCUGAAGCUGGAGAGAACGACUCAGGAUGUAUGUCCGGAAGAUGUAGAUUUAGAGAAUGAGCCGUGGUAUAAAUUCUUUUCAGAGAUGGAGUUUGACCAAGCGAGUGCCCCAUCCUUCAGCCCCCUGGAAACAGCCUCCGACCUGAAGAACUACUCCUCAAGCAAGUCUGGACAUGGUGAGGUUGAGAAGGAUGGAGGAUCCUCAGAAAAUGAGCCCCUGGCUCCAGAUUGUGACCGUCAUGUUUACAAAACCGUUCUGGAAGGCGGCGACAUUCCCUUGCAAGGUCUACGUGCCCUGAACAAGCGUCAUGGAAGCUCGUCCUCCUCGAAAGUGGAUUAUAAAGGUGGGAAUGGCUGUAUAGCUUCACCCUGCGCCUCUAAAAAUAGUCGAUCGGUUCUUGCCGGUAAUGCAAUAGCUAACCCAUGUAAGACUAAGAAGCCUCUUUCUGCUGCCAAAGCCUGCAUACCCCAAAUCCUACCGUCUAAAUUCAAGCCCAAACUACUGCCGCCCGGUGGUGACAUCCAGGAAAGCAACGCGCCGCCUGUGAAGCAUCCAAAGGCGCACAGCUGUGAGGAUCUGUACACACGUGAUCGUCACAGAGUUGGGUCAGAGGUGAGGGAGGGGUGUCGAUAUUCAGAUUUCUGCGCCGACGGCCUCAGGGAAGGUUCCCCUACCAUGAGGAGAAGCACGUCCGAGUUUUCUAGCCUGUACAGGAUCAUGCAUCACAUCCAGCGGCCCAGCUCGGUAGGCUGCAGCCCUCAAGGGAGCGUCCGCAGCUUAGCUUAUCUCUUCGAAGGGGCAAAAGCUAACGGGGGCGACGGGUCGGAGGCCGUCGAUGAGGGUAACGUUCCACGGGACGCCGUUUUGUCCCGGGUCGGUGAAUUCGAAAUGUACAUUCAACAGUCCGGUCUGACACCCAGUCGUUCUUCUUCGUUGCCCACGUUGAAUUCCAACUAUGGUCGUAGCCCAGAACACGCUGCAUCUCCCUACCUGACCUCCGCCGUGUCAGCUGAGAGUCUUUUGGCGGUGGGCGACUCUCAGAUAGAUGACUGCCCCCUUGUGGAGGGAGGGGGAAAGGACACGGAGAAGUCCUUGUCACCGGGCGAUGGAACUGCGGAGAAGGCGGAGGAUGGAGGUCAGGUUAGGGUCAAGUCGGCUUCUUCCACUGAUCCUGAGGUUGUACAGAUCUUCGAGGAGAGCUCCACAGAGUCCCGUUUUGCUCCUAGUGGAACCAAGAGUCCCUCCCUGCCGCCAAUGUCUUUCCCGCUGCACCACCACCAUCACCUACAUCAUCUGAACCACUUCCCCCUCAAAGCCACCAAAUGCAAAGGCUCCUGUCCGGCUUCCUACACCCGCUUCACGACUAUUCUGAGACACGAGAGGCAGCAAGCCACAGCUCAGCAAGAUAAACCACCAGAGAAGAAGACCAUGCUGCCUGGGAAUUUGUUGCUCAUGGGCCCCGCCCCUUUCAGGUUACGGAAGAACCUGCGCUCCCAGCAACCCCGGAGGACGCUUUCAGCUACUAAAGUGAUAACGGGCGCUCAGAGACCCCCUCGCAGCACAUCUCCUGAAGUCAAACCUGUCAUACCUCAGCGUCUGUCCUCUCUGGAGGUCCUGGAGAGGCUGAGUAACGGAGAGGGCGACAACUGUGAGCAGCUGAGUAAUGGACAGGGCUUGGACGCCAACGGGAACCUUCUGCAGCCGCUGGCAGCUCACCACAGAGACUCAUCCCCGGCGCACGGAGAGAGCCAGGAUGAAGUUCUGAGGAGGCGUCAUGGCGACAAAGAGAAAAUGUUGGAGGAGCAGCGGCGGCUCAAGCGGGAACAGGAAGAGGCUGACAUAGCAUCAAGACGUCACACUGGCAUCGUGCCAACACAUCACCAGUUCAUUACCAACGAACGCUUUGGAGAUCUGCUCAACAUCACGGAUAACACGGAGAAACGGAAAUCUGGCGUUGAGAGAACGCCAGCCAUGGCACGCUUUGACUUCAGAGCGGAAACUCUAAAGGAAUUGCCAUUUCAGAAGGGAGACAUUGUGUACAUCAUUAGACAAGUGGAUCAGAACUGGUAUGAAGGGGAGCAUCAUGGAAGAGUUGGCAUUUUCCCUCGAAGCUACGUGGAGCUCCUGCCCCCCACAGAGAAAGCACAGCCUAAGAAAAGUGUCCCAGUGCAGGUGCUGGAAUACGGCGAUGCCGUCGCUCGCUUUAACUUCGCAGGAGAUACGGUGGUGGAGAUGUCGUUCAGAAAGGGAGAAAGGAUCACGCUGAUACGUCGAGUGGACGAGAACUGGUACGAAGGCAAAAUCCCGGGCACAAACCGCCAAGGCAUCUUCCCCGUCACCUACGUGGAAGUGCACAAACGGCCACGUGUGAAAAAUGGCUUGGAUUACCCCGACCCGCCGCUCUCCUCUUCGCCGCAGCGUAGCAAUAAUGCCUCCCCUCAGUUGUAUCGUAAUCGCCUGACCACAUCGCCCCUGCCGCUCCCUCGCUCCCCCUGCCGCUCCGUGUCCCCCGAGGUCCACGCCAUCUCCUCCGAGUGGAUCUCUCUGACCGUGGGAGGCGGAAGCCCGCCCGCCGCUCCGACCCCACCCUUGCCGCCUCUUCCCACCGUGUCUUACCGCUGCGGCGAGUACCUGCCCCCUCCUUUCUCCGCCAGCCCUGUGCCGCCCAUCAGCGGCAGCCCGUACUACGUCUCUCCCAUGACCUCGCCGUCAGCAUCCCCUCUGCCCCCGCCGUACCCACCCAGGCCUAAUUCGGCCACUCCGUUCCUCACUUUUACUCCUCCUCAAGGGGAAGGCUUCCUACUCUCCCCGGCCUCACCUCACCUGUCACGUAGCAUCAGCCCCUGUGGCGGCCCAGUUUUGGAAGGCUGGCUUAGGGCGGAGGGGGAAGUUGCAGAUGGCAACGGGGGCAGUAGCUGCACCGCCGCCCCUCCUCCUGGGAACAGACAAAAUAGCCCCGCAGAGCUUGCGCGGAAUGACAUUGAUCCUCACGGACGAAACUCCAGGAGUCCUGUCACGCUGUUUGAUAUCCACGAUAACAACAACGUGAACUCAUUUGCGGAGGCAGUGUGUAAUGAGAUCUUGAAUAUAGCUGAGAGCUCAGUGAGGUAUUGCGGCACGUUGUCGCACCAGCCGCUCAACGCACUUCAUAGACUCCAAUCGCACCCCAGUAAACAAUCUCUCAUCAUUUCCCAGCAACCCCUGUCCCACAGCAGCAGCCCAGAACCCAGCCGUCUCAAUUGCGGAGUUUUCCAAGCUCUGUACCGUUACGCGCCGCAGAACGAAGACGAGCUCGAGCUGCAGGAAGGAGAUCUCGUCAGCGUCAUGGAGAAGUGCGAUGACGGCUGGUUUGUCGGUACCUCAAAGAGAACAAAUCAGUUUGGAACUUUCCCCGGGAAUUACGUGAAGGAGGUGCAACUGUAACGUGAUGACUCUCCACUGUAACACACGCUUGCCUGUCAAGCUUUGGACAUCAAACUUGGAAAGGGGUGGUUAGAAAAGUCAUUCAGUCCAAAUCAUUUGUAAAAUUGACCACUGAAGGUCUCAAUGUCCAAACUACAACAUGUUGAAUUCAUAUGUAUUUUUACACACGUGCCGGUUUCCACAUGAGUAUACUCUUUGUGAAGAUCUACCACAAAGUAUUUUUCAAUCCUAUAGAUCAGGGGUGUCAAACUCAUUGUAGCCAUAGUUUCCUUCAGACAGCCAAUAUGACGAAACGACUUAUACAAAGUAUAGACUACGAUAACUAGUUUUGAAAUCAGAGACUAGUAAAAAUUGUUGAAAUAUUUUAAAAAGAUUGCUAGCGAUAUCUCUAUUUUUUGAAGUGAAAACCAUUUGUAGUCGAUCCGCAAUCCGUCUUCGCGGGCCACAUAAAAUGAUGUGGCGGGCCCCCGGGCCUUGGGUUUGACACCUAUUAGCUACAAGCUUCCAAUCUGUUCACGACAUUGACACUACAUGUGUUUCUGUAGCACUUCAGUCUUGAGUCCAGCAGCACACUAGAUUAUGAAUGAACCAAAUGUAGGAUUUUUGUGUUAUUUACCUUUUUUCGGUCGAAAAGGAAACUAACCGCAGGAUAUAAAGCUUUUGAAGCCGACCGACAAUGUGUGUCUGAACAAGUCCAAAUCUACGCUGUCAUCCUAAAACAGGUUUAUUGACUGUGAUUUGAUACUUCCCUUAGAAACCGCAGUCGGAACAUGUAAGGACGGUGCCCGAUCCCUUCACAAACAUCGGGAUAUCCUCAACAAGCUGUAUAUUUAUACUUACGGCCAUUCUUAGUGCUUGUUUCCGAUGUAUAUAGGGCGGUUGGGAAAAUAUUUAUACCGUAUGGAUGUUUAGGAGUCAAUAUCUAAUCAAGGAUUGCCAGACUAUCAGUAACCCUUCAGUAUUAUAGAGAAUGGAAGCAUCACAGCGUAUUAGCUCUAUUUUGUGCAGUGAUGAGUGUCACACAAUAUGGUUGGAUUGCAUAUUUAAUAGCACCCUGUAGCAAUCUGCACUUUGUCCUCAUUGAUGUGUGCUUCUUGAGGCGGAAAAAAAAAAGUGUUUCUUCCUGACCGUCAUCACGACGACUACAAUAUAAUGUAUUAAGAGUGUGCCUGUUUUAGUACGUAGAGAAUGUUCUGGUAUUUUGUCACCUCACAAAAGCAUGUUUUAUUCUGUGCUGCUGGCCAAACUGUUUUGUUUUUUUUACGUUGUCACGUCAUUUCAGCUCCUCGUAUUUUAUUUGUUUGUCAGACAGCUGACUCGCAGCUCUCUUUUUAACACACAAUAAAUUGCUUGUGUCAUGGCGGGCGCCUUAGCACAUCACAGGAUGUAUGAAUGUACGAUAUUUGAAUGUGAUGCAGUGUAUGCAAACAAUGUUGAAAGGUCAUCUGGGGUUAACACAACAUAAGAAGGAUUGUAAAUAUGUAAAAUAAGAAAUAGAUUGCAUAUGACGAGAGCAUCGGAUCAGUCACAUGCAGCGUUUUAUCCAUCUGAAGGAUUUUGCCACAGUGUGGAACAUUACUGAGCACAGGAAGUUCGAUGCAUAUGAACAUUACGCUGCCAUUUGUGAGCUCAUUAUGCCUUACGUUUGAUGCAAAAUUGUGCCUCAUUGUCAUUUACGAGUGUCUGAAAUACAUGUCAUUUCUGUUCAAAAGCUUUCCACAUGUAGUUUUAGUCUGCAGUGGGAUCUCGGAGAUCUUGUUGAUUACUGUGCAAGUAUCAAAAGUGUGACAUAGUGAUUUCACUGAUUAUGUUAACGGUUGAAUUUGUUUGCGACACUCAACCUGCAACAAGUUUGGUUUGUUUGCUUCAAUUUGCAGUGUUGUUGCAUUGACCAUAAUAAAAUAAAAAUGCUUUACACUGCUAGCUGUGACUGGCAUUAA